AUGAAGAAUCAAAUGUGUAGAUCUUUUCCAAGUGAUACGGAGAAGAAUCCAAAAGAGUGCAAUGCAAUCACUUUGAGGAGUAGAAAAGAAUUGGACGCCCCUACAGUUGAGAAGAAAAAGGUUGAUGAGAUCCAAAUGAAUGGUGAGAAAGAAGAAGACAAGCAAAAGGUAGAGAUUCCGAAGAAAGAUCCAUUGGUGGCUAAUCCGGGUUCAAUUUCUUUUCCGGACAACCCACCAAAUAUUACUACUCCAUUACCAUUUCCUCCAAGAUUUCACAAGAAGGCGAUCGAUGAACAAUUUGCAAAGUUCUUGAAUAUUUUCAAGAAAAUACAUAUUAACAUUCCUUUUGUAGAUGCCCUUGAACAAAUGCAAAACUAUGCUAAGUUUAUGAAAAAUGUGAUGUCUAAGAAGCGAAAGCUAGAGGAUUAUGAAAUAGUGAAGCUAACGAAAGAGUGUAGUGCCAUUAUCAAGAUACAAUUACUAGAAAAGAUGGAAGAUCCGGGAAGUUUUACAAUUCCAUGUGAUAUUGGUGAGCUACAUAUUGAGAAGGCCUUGUGUGAUUUGGGUGCUAGUAUCAAUCUAAUACCUCUAUCUAUCUUUCAGAAACUCAAUCUUGGAGAGGUCACACCAACUACUAUAUCCUUACAAUUGGCAUAUCAUUCUUUGACGUUUCCUAGGGGUAUCAUUGAAGAUGUUCUAGUGAAGAUUGAUAGAUUCAUUUUUCCGAUUGAUUUUGUUGUGCUUGACAUGGAGGAAGACUAA